AAAGUAAUUGUCAAAUUUGAAUUCUAGCGGUUUGUGGUUUUUCAAAGUUUUAAACAAACUAAAUACAAGUAUGAAAAUGAAUGGGGAAUUAAACAAGGAAAAAUCAAAUUUGUUCUUGAAAUUGGAUCAGACAGAUAAACAAGAACAACAAGCAUUAGGUAAUAUUAAUACAGAAAUUCUUACAAAAUUGAAUAUAUCUCUUGAUGCAUUACCACAGAAAUGUCAAGAAAUUAUAUUAAAAGUUGCAAAAGAACAAACUGAAUUAGGUAUAGACAAUUUGGACCCAAUAUCCAUAUCAUUAAAUCAAUCUAAACAAAUAUCUAAAAAUUUAAAUGAAGAAUAUGAAAUAUUGAAAUUGAAACUUAAAGAUAAAGAGUUACAAGUCAAAAUAGAUCGUAACCAAAGAUUCAUGGAUGAUCUGAAGAGGGAAUUGGAAAGUUCAAUAGAAUCAUUAUCCAAACAAUCUCCUAACCCUGAUAAUAUACAGGAAUGUGUAAAACAAAUGAAGCAGAAAGUUGCCUCAUAUGAAGAGAGUUACAAAAAGGCUAUGAUGAAGUUCUCAAAGCUGUCAGUACCAGAUUCAGUACUGCCGAGAUCCCUGCAGACGCAGUUGGCCACUUUGGCCAGUUUACGAGAAGAAGAGGCUAUGUGGCGGCAGCGGGCGGAUGAUGUUCUGUUCACUAGACAAGCGAGAGACGCAUUUAGGAGACGGAAAUGAUAUUAAAUUUGAAUAUAAGCUUACUAAUAUUAAAAACUACCUUUCGCCCGUGAUUCCGUCCGCGUGAAUUAAA